GGGGUCCAGGUGAGCGCGGGCUCUGCGAGCGGGCACUCGGUGCGGCCGGCCGGCGCCGGCCCGGCUGGAUCGGAGGCUGAAUCCCGUGUGUGGACUGCCGUGCCCUCUUCGCGGGAUCCUUGGCCACGAUAGCAGUGGAAUGCAUCCUGCUUUUAUGCUGGAGUUCAUUUCUGUGGCUUGGAUUUAUCACAGUAGCAUUUGUCUUCGAUCUGUGUGUUAACUAGAAAUCCAGAAAGACAUGAGGAGAUUUGUUUACUGCAAGGUGGUUCUAGCCACUUCACUGAUGUGGGUUCUUGUCGAUGUCUUCUUACUCUUGUACUUCAGCGAAUGUAACAAAUGUGAUGACAAGAAGGAGAGAUCCCUGCUGCCUGCAUUGAGGGCUGUUAUUUCAAGAAACCAAGAAGGGCCAGGAGAAAUGGGAAAGGCUGUGCUGAUUCCUAAAGACGACCAGGAAAAAAUGAAAGAGCUGUUUAAAAUCAAUCAGUUUAACCUUAUGGCCAGCGAUUUGAUUGCCCUUAACAGAAGCCUGCCGGAUGUAAGAUUAGAAGGAUGCAAGACAAAAGUCUACCCUGAUGAACUUCCAAACACAAGUGUAGUCAUUGUGUUUCAUAAUGAAGCCUGGAGCACUCUCCUUAGAACAGUGUACAGUGUGAUAAAUCGUUCCCCACACUAUCUACUCUCUGAGGUCAUCUUGGUAGAUGAUGCCAGUGAAAGAGAUUUUCUCAAGUUGACAUUAGAGAAUUAUGUGAAAAAUUUAGAAGUGCCAGUAAAAAUUAUUAGGAUGGAAGAGCGCUCUGGGUUAAUACGUGCCCGUCUACGAGGAGCAGCUGCUUCAAAAGGGCAGGUCAUAACUUUUCUUGAUGCACACUGUGAAUGUACGUUGGGCUGGCUGGAGCCCUUGCUGGCAAGAAUAAAGGAAGACAGGAAAACAGUUGUAUGCCCUAUCAUCGAUGUGAUUAGUGAUGAUACCUUUGAAUAUAUGGCUGGGUCAGACAUGACUUAUGGGGGUUUUAACUGGAAACUGAAUUUCCGCUGGUAUCCUGUUCCCCAAAGAGAAAUGGAUAGGAGGAAAGGAGACAGAACAUUACCUGUCAGGACCCCUACUAUGGCUGGUGGCCUAUUUUCUAUUGACAGAAACUACUUUGAAGAGAUAGGAACUUACGAUGCAGGAAUGGAUAUCUGGGGUGGAGAGAAUCUUGAAAUGUCUUUUAGGAUUUGGCAAUGUGGAGGCUCAUUGGAGAUUGUGACUUGCUCCCAUGUUGGUCAUGUUUUUCGGAAGGCAACUCCGUACACUUUCCCUGGUGGCACUGGUCAUGUCAUCAACAAGAACAACAGGAGACUGGCAGAAGUUUGGAUGGAUGAAUUUAAAGACUUCUUCUAUAUCAUAUCCCCAGGUGUUGUCAAAGUGGAUUAUGGAGAUGUGUCAGUCAGAAAAACACUAAGAGAAAAUCUGAAGUGUAAACCCUUUUCUUGGUACCUAGAAAACAUCUAUCCGGACUCCCAGAUCCCAAGACGUUAUUACUCACUUGGUGAGAUAAGAAAUGUUGAAACCAAUCAAUGUUUAGACAACAUGGGCCGCAAAGAAAAUGAAAAAGUGGGUAUAUUCAACUGCCAUGGUAUGGGAGGAAAUCAGGUAUUUUCUUACACUGCGGACAAAGAAAUCCGAACCGAUGACUUGUGCUUGGAUGUUUCUAGACUCAAUGGACCUGUAAUCAUGUUAAAAUGCCACCAUAUGAGAGGAAAUCAGUUAUGGGAAUAUGAUGCUGAGAGACUCACCUUGAGACAUGUUAACAGUAAUCAAUGUCUCGAUGAACCUUCAGAGGAAGACAAAAUGGUGCCUACCAUGCAGGACUGUAGUGGAAGCAGAUCUCAACAAUGGCUGCUAAGGAACAUGACCUUGGGGGCGUAAAGACCAUUCCCCCCAAACCGUGAAAGUGUCUACAUUUUUGUUUUUCCAUUAUUUCAAUUUGGGGAAAAUAUUAACUUUGCUGAAUUGAAAAUUUUAAAAAUCCUUUUAGUAUUCUAAAACACAGUUGUUUAUAAUUUAUUUUUAGGAAUGUUUGCUUAUUUCCCUACUAAAAUUUGUAUCUGAUCAAAGAAGCACAUAAAAAUAUAAAUAUUAGCAAACUGUUAUUAAAUAUCAGAACUUGAAAAUCAAAUUGUGUAUGCUUUAAAAAAAAUAUUAUUGCCCUCCUAUCACAGGGUUAGUUGGGGGUUAUUUUAUUUGUUAUUGUCAUAGUGAUUGAAAGAGAGAUAAUGUAAAUGCCUUAUAAAAUAACUUCAUUAUGAAAUAUUAUCAAUUGCUUUAUAAAUUCACUCUUUCUACUGGACCUUCAUGGAAACAUGUUGAAUUUUUAUGUCAGCAACAGGGCCACAUAUUAGAUUAUUUCUGAACAGUGAAUUCAUCUUAUAAAAUGUUAGUUCCAAAUUUUGUACCAGGAAAAAAAUUAAAUUGGAUAUUGAAUUCAUAGAGACUUUAUAAAAGCAUCACAUCUAAACAAAUGCAAAUUUAAAAAAGAGGAGAAUUUGAAAAUUCAAUUUAAAGUACAUGAAAUGAGCAAUUAACAGGCAUUGAGGAGAACUAGAUGAAUCUAAACUGCAACACAAAUCAUUGUUAAGAGGUACUCCGGCUGGGUUGCAAUGAUUCCUAGCACAGGCUGAAGCUAAACAAUCUCUCUGUCAGAGUUGAUGUCAGAAACUCAAUCCUUAACUGCAAUCAUUGUCUCCAUAAUCUAUACCAUGCCUUUUCUCUUUACUCUAGAGACUAUAGCUUGCUACUUAUGCUGUACAGAAUUGUAGGUGCAGAGGAGAGCUUUAGACCUAAUUUUUAAUUCUAUUGCAUUUAAUUAUUUUAGUUAGGUCUCUAUUGUCAUUUUAAUUUUAUAUUUAAGAAAAAGAAUACAUUAGUAUCAGAAUUUCAUUGCCAUGCUAUAAUAUCUAAAGUUUUCAUCACCAGAGGAAUAAACUCCAUACACAUUCUUUAAGAUUUUAUUUUAGGUAAAUAAAAAUAAUUUUAUUAAUUAAUAGAUACCAUUUUCUAUAAAGUAUGGCCCUAGGAACACAGUCAUAAUUAAGCUGGCUUCACAUGUUCAUUUUUAUUUAGAAAGCUCUUAUAGAAAGUAUUAAUCAGUUUGGCUAUACACAAAUUCUCUCUCUCUCUCUCUCUCUCUCUCUCUCUCUCUCUCACACACACACACACACACACACACUCACGCAGCUUUAUAACAAAAAGGAGGACACUUUCUAAUGAACAGUAAACUGUUGAAUGAUUUUCCUAAUUGGCAUUUGACUUUAUAUUGCCACAACUCUAGGGAAGAAUUCUACAACCUGGAGGAUUUCUGGUUUGCUUCUUAAAGGGUAGCUAUCCCUCAUAUCAAGGUCUCUAGGACUCCCUAGAUCUUCUAAAAUUAUAAGCAAAAGUUUGAAUGUCAGAGCAUUUCUAAUCUGAAGAGAGACCAUAGCUUAUAAGAAACUUAGAAAGAAAGCUGUGACUCUCAAAAGAUAGUGAGCCAUUGCCUUAAACUGAUAAUGGCUUCCCAAGUCCACUGAGGCUUGAUUUAAUGAUUCUGUUUUUCAUCUUUUUCUCCACUCUUUUCCUCUUCUCCUGACUAAAAUAAGGUAAGAUGUGCUUGCACAGAAUUAUUUCUCAAACUUAAAAAGCUUAAAUUCUCAAGGAUUCUUUUAUACAAUGUAUUCCACUUAUUAUUGAUUUGUCAGUCAAAAUGCAUGUUAUCAAGAAAACAGUCCAUGACGAAUUUUUAAAAAUACAGCUACUCCACCAAAACUGAAUUUGAAGCAUUUUUAGCAGCAUUUUAACUAUUUGAAAGUUCAUUAUGUUCAUGUUGAAAAUAAAGGAAAAAGUAAAACUGCAUGAGUUUCAUGCUAGAGAAGAAUUUUCAAAGAAUCUUCAAAGAGUUUCAAUGCAUGUAUCUAACAAGUUAAAAAAUGACAUAAAAUUUUACAAAAUACCCCAAACCAGAAAGCAAUGGGAAACAUUCAGUUUUUUUCAAAAAUAUUUACUAUCUUCAAUGCAAAAAGUUAAAACCAUGAUAGGCCCCAUAAUACAUUCAUCUUAUAUAUCCCUUUUCUAUGGAGCUAGACUAAUAUUAAUAGAUAUUUUAAAUUACUUCAAACCACCAUCUUCUGUGGUCCUCCCUACAUCAGUUAGUGCAAUCUCAACCUUCCAAAUGCUCAGGUCAAAAACCUAAAGUCACUUUUGACUCAUUGCUUUCUAUUUCAACUUUCAUCUAAUCCAUCAGCAAGUUCCCUUGAUACUACCUUUGAACUAUAACUAAAAAUGAAUGACUUGUCGCCACAUCCACUGGGUGUCACUAUCUCCAACCUUUUUAAUUGCAAUAUGCUUAUAAUUUGGCUCCAUAAUUUCCCAAUCUUUGUCCUUGUUGUCUUGAGAAAAGUCUUUUCCCAAUACAACAGCCAUAGUGAUUCUCUUAAACAUGAAUUUUUUUUAUCAACUUCCUGCUCCCAAUCUUCCAGUGACUUUUUAUCUCCCCCCACCCCCAGUAGCCGUCAAGGUCCUUCAUGAAUGGCACCUCUCUCCACACCCACACCCCCCACAUGCUCACACACACACACACACACACACACACACGUGUCUGGCUACAUCUCUUAUCUCUUGCCAUUCUGCUUCUUAUUUACUCCACUUUGGCUCCCAAGCACGUUCCUGCCUUAGUGUUUUGUUCCCACUGCCCCACAGAGCCCUCUUACCCACUAUCUUUAGGUCUCUGUUGAAAUAUUAUCUCAUCAGUAAGGCAAACCCUUCUCCUGCCUGCCCUCCCAUCCCCUCUACCUCUGAGAAACUAUUUUUCAUCCUUAUUUCUGUCUACUCUUUUAUCUCCCCAGACCCCAACACCCUCAUGAGACAACCUAGAAUGUAAGUCCCAUAAAGGCAGGGACUUUGUCACUUUGGUUCACUGUAGUAUCCACAGCAUAUAGCAUAGUUCUUGACACAUACUAAAUAUUCUUUAAAUAUUUCUGGAAUUAAUGAACUGCAAAAUGUGUGUUAAAAUUAUGAAAUGCUAUUGUAUCAUACAUUUUUGUUUUAAAUUUUAAAAUAAAAUCUAAUAAUAUAUUUAGACAGGAUUUCCAUAACUUUGUCUCCAAAUGAUAAUUUUCUUUCUAAUAUUCUUCAUAUUAAAGUAUGGACUAUAUGUUGUUCUCUGUGAUAAAAUAUCCUGCCUUAUGGAAAUGAAAUAUGACAUUUUAUUAAAAUGCUGCUAUAUUAUAUAAGUUGCUUCAUGAAGCUAAAAAUAAUUAUAAUUUUUAGUUUUUGGUUGUGUGCAAUGGCCAGCUGAGGGGGUAAGAUUUUGACUUUUGAAGGAAGACGUAUCAUUCUCUUAAAAAUCAUAUAUAUUUUCAUGGUUUCAUAAGAGCUAUUGCUAAAAUUAUUUUCUAAGUGCAAGUCAAUGAAGAAAACACAAUUUUAGAAACUUUAAAAGACUUUACAGAUUCUUAAUUUCUCUGUUUAUAGAUAAUAAGACUGAGACUUAGAUGUGUAAUAUAACUUGCCCAAGGAUCAUAUAACUACAAGGAAUGUUGCCAGGACUCCUCAUUGUUAAUAUAAGCUAAUACUAUCACCCAAAAAUUAUAGAAAUGGAACAAUAAUGGGGGAAAUAUCUUCAUUAAACAUGUUGUGAUCAGUACAUUGAUUCUUUAGAAGUAUUUAAAUUCUUAUUAGCUUUCAUAUUUAAAUAAAAUUAGUUCUAUAAAAUAAUAACAGAGGCAAUAAGUAAAGACUUCUGACAAAAUUAAAGAAAUUACCAGGAAACAGCGUGAUUACAGGAACAUCCUAGAAUUAUUAGAAAACUGGAUUUCAGGGAAGCAAAGCCUCUUCAACAUUAACUAAUGGAAAAUACUCUCUACUAACUUUCAUUUUCCCUAUAAUCAUGUUUAAAUUAAAGUUAAGGUCGGCCUACAGCUUACACAGAGAAUUAGACCAUCUAUUACUGUGAACACUGGGUAAGUUCUAUUUUAUGCAGCUUGAAACACUGCAGGAUAAUCAGCAGAGAUUUCUUGGCUUCCCAGUGGAGCUCUGUAGACUCUAGUAAACACAACCCAUAAAUUUGAUUUUGCCAUGAUGCUUAGAAAAGGCCUAAUAAAUAAAAAGAAAAAAAAAAGUAAAGAGAGGCAAAAAUAACUACUACAAUAAAACAAGAUCGUUUUUACCUUUGGAAAAAAAUUGGUGGGAGGUUAGAAACAUAUUAUGAAUUGGUUCAGUAAACCUCAAAAUAUUGGCUCCCUCCCCACAUUGUUUCCACACUUCAGAAAUGAUGAUCAUAUCUGAGCACAGCCAUUUUACUUGCAUAUCAUUUAUAGAUGCUAAACCUAGUCUAGGAGGAAGCCAAAUGUGUAUGCAUUCUUAAGUUAUAAAGUAUUAACAUACUGAUUUCACAAAUACGAAGAAUUUUAGAAACUUAAGACCUUAAUGGAUGUGUCACCAUCAACAAGCUGUCAUCCGCAUAGCUGAUAUCCGCACAUAUUGAGUAAAUUUCCAGUUUAGUUGGGCAGCAAAAAUUCAAUUAGGUCUUAAAGCAGCUUGUGUUUCAGGAUGCAGCCACUGCCCAUUUUCCCUAACAUGUUAAAGUAUGGAAUAGAUAAAAUCAGCCACUCUUAUGUAUAGUCCAUGGACACAUCUAUUGUGACUACACUAUGUUCAAACUGCUAUUAAAUAUAAACUAUUGUAUAGAUUUAAGGUGUUGAAUGAACACCAGCAAUGUGUUUUAAAUAGUUUGUGUAAAUUUGUGCACAGAUUUGUUUUAUAUCAUUCAAUAAAUUCUAAAGGCAAUUUUCAUUGUAUUUGUUUAAAAAAAAUCCCUCUGAAAUACUAGUGAUUCAGGGCAGCUCUUUUGUUAAUUAUCUUUUAAGAUAAAGACCACUUCUAUGAUACUUGUGUCAUCAUUAUAUAAAGUUAUCAUUUUGUUUUUGUUUUUAGCUAGCGAGAACAAAUCACUUAAUAUUCUGUUUUUAAUGAGCUAGAAUGAGAAUGGGAAAUUAGACGAUUGAGACUAUAUCUAUAAUGUUUUUUAAAAAUGAGAUUUUCAUCAUGCAUUCAUUUGGUGUAAAAAUGAGCGUAAGCUGCUGCUUGGUUCCAGUUGUACUUUCAGCUAAAAAUAGCACAAGCAGGGGAAAAAAAAGGACUUGAUGGUUACAUGAUUUUUUUUGAGGCUUUUGUUUAUUUCAGUCAGUGUAGCCACAGCUAGAAAGAAGUAAUUUCAAAAAUGUUUUAGAUUUAUGCUUGACACACGGUUCUUUAACAUUUAUAAAAGUAGAUUGUGCAUAAUUACACAUUUUAAAUAUUGUAAUCAUUACUAAAUGGUAUAAUUGUUCUUUUGCUAUAAAUUUAAAUAUUUAUACAUUUUUGUAGAAUUAAAAUAUGCCAAUUUAGUUUUUCUUUGGUAUAUGUUGUCUUUUUUUGAAAAAAACAAUGUUAGCAUUUCAAAUAGAUAAAACACCUUCAAUAUUUUAUGCUAAUGUUCCAUUUUUGUAGAUUCAUUAACUAAAUGAUUAAGUGCCUAUGGAUAUCUCUUAGCAGCAAGAAAA